UGAUGAGUGGGGAGAAACAGGCGGAGAGGUAAUAAUGGCGCGAGUUCUGCCCCUGCACAGUCCGUACAGAGCGACGGUACGAGCAUCUUCGUCAAACGAAACGAAAUACGACGGCGUUCCGGAGGUCAAGCUCACGGAUCCUACACGGAACUACCGGGUCUUGGUGCUGGGUGGAACGGGUCGGGUAGGCGGGUCUACUGCUGUUGCACUCUCUAAGCUCUGUCCGAAGCUUAAGAUCAUCGUCGCUGGAAGGAACAGAGAGAAAGGUGAAGCAAUGGUGGCUCAACUGGGAGAGAACUCUGAGUUUUGUCAAGUAGAUAUCAAUGACAGUAACAUGCUUCAGACAAGUUUAAGAGACGUUGAUCUUGUAGUCCAUGCUGCUGGACCUUUCCAGCAAGCUCCUAAGUGCACUGUUCUUGAAGCUGCUAUAAAGACCAAGACUGCUUAUCUUGAUGUUUGUGAUGACACAACCUACGCUUUCCGCGCAAAAUCUCUUCAGACAGAGGCCGUUGCUGCCAAUGUCCCGGCGAUUACAACAGCUGGAAUAUAUCCAGGAGUUAGCAAUGUGAUGGCGGCAGAAAUGGUCGCUGCAGCAAGAAGUGAAGAUAAAGGGAAGCCAGAGAAACUGAGGUUCUCAUAUUACACAGCAGGAACUGGUGGUGCAGGUCCUACAAUAUUAGCCACCAGUUUUCUACUUCUUGGUGAGGAAGUUACAGCAUAUAAACAAGGAGAGAAGGUGAAACUAAAACCCUACAGUGGAAUGAUAAACGUUGAUUUUGGAAAAGGCAUACGGAAACGAGACGUUUACCUUUUGAAUUUGCCAGAAGUAAGGUCAACUCAUGAAGUUCUAGGAGUGCCAACUGUCAGUGCUCGAUUCGGCACCUCUCCUUUCUUCUGGAACUGGGGGAUGGAGAUCAUGACAAAGCUCUUGCCAGCGGAGGUCCUUAGAGACAGAACCAAAGUCCAACAAAUGGUAGACCUGUUCGACCCUGUGGUUAGAGCCACGGAUAGCUUUUCUGGAGAGCGUGUCUCCAUGAGGGUUGAUUUGGAGUGCUCGGAUGGACGAAUCGCUGUUGGGUUAUAUAGUCAUAAAAAACUAUCCGUAGCCGUUGGAGUUUCAACCGCAGCUUUUGUUGUAGCAAUGCUUGAAGGAAGUACACAACCAGGGGUUUGGUUUCCAGAAGAGCCUCAAGGGAUCGCAGUGGAGGCAAGGGAAGCUCUUCUUAAACGUGCGUCACAAGGAACGUUCAAUUUCAUUCUAAACAAGCCACCCUGGAUGGUUGAAACUGUCCCCAAGGAGGUGAUUUUAGGAAUAUACGUAUGAGUUUGACGAAGAAGAAGAAAGAGAUGAUAAUCAAAUACAUCAUUUUGUAAACCAUUUUGCUUCUGAGGUGUAUACUAGUACAGAUUCACAGUUUCAUCAGAAGAUAUAAAGAAAAGAACAUUACACUACUUGGAAAUGACACAACGCUAAAACGUUAAAACAUCAGUAAAGAGUAUGAUUCAGCGAGCUCUUUUCUCCUACUUCUGUUCAAUAAAGUCCCAACAUUCCGAGUUCUAUUACAUGACUCUGGC